GCGGCUGCGAUUGGACUCACCUAUCUUCUGUGUUGAUUGGGACACGACACGGGACCAGGUGACACUUGCUCACCUCUUGCUGUCAACAUCAAGGGGUUAUUAUGGGCUGUUCUGCCAGCGUGGUCCUACUUCUGCGCUCAGUGGGUGGGGCAGACUGCGGUUACAUGUGUUCACGGCUGGACCAAGCGUCAAUGGAUGCUGCAACACCCACCCUGGAAGGCUACACAACUGCCAGCUCACCUCUGACCAUCAUUGUCAUGCAAGAGAAGCCCAAGCUGAUUGAUCCACUCGACUAUGAGGCUGUCAUCUCGGAACUGGGAGCGGAGCUCAAGCAGGACCCUCUUAGAGAGCUGCUGCUGUUUCCUGACAAUGAUUUCACAGUAUCCACAGUGCCCCAAGAGAGACGCACUCUCAGGUCAGCUGUUCCUGAGGGCGCAGAGCUCCAGGCUGAGUGUCUGCUGGUCAGACAGGCCUGCAAGUAUUACAACUCGGAUCUGAACGUAGUCCAGUUCAAGUAUGACGACUACGCUGGAGACUACCGCCUGCUGCCAAGGAAAUUAUACAAAGCUGAGAAGCUGCCGUCCCAUUCUUUUGAGAUUGACUAUGAGGACGUGGACAAGGAUGAGGACACCACUUCCCUGUCCUCGUCCAAAGGAGGAGGGGGAGGCGGGGGAGGAGGAGGGGGAGGAAUCGGUGUCUUUCGCUCAGGCUGGCUCUACAAGGGCAACUUUAACAGCACCGUCAACAAUAGCAUCACUGUCCGGUCCUUCAAGAGGAGAUAUUUCCAGCUGACCCAGCUGACAGACAACUCCUACAUCAUGAAUUUCUACAAAGACGAGAAGAUAUCCAAGGAACCCAAAGGCUGCAUCUUUCUCGACUCGUGUACCGGCGUUGUGCAGAAUAACCGGUUGAGGAAGCACGCCUUUGAGCUGAAGAUGAACGAGGUCACAUACUUCGUGCUGGCCGCGGAGACUGAGCAGGACAUGGAGGAGUGGAUCAGCACCUUGACGCGCAUCUUGCAGAUCACACCGCACGAUGGGCCGGCUCCGGACCGCAAGAGUCUGGACCUGUCCGACCAUCGCCAGGAUGUGUUUGACACGUCACUGAGUGAUGGCUGUUUGCAGGAGAACGAAGAUACUACAGAAAACGGCAUCAAUCCCGAGCUAGCUAAGUAUAUCUCUGAGACGGAUGAGGGAAUUCGUUGUGCCCGGAGGGAGGAGAGGUUGAAUCUCUUCUCGCUUGACCCUGACACCCCUGUCCUGAGGAGCCCGCGAAUGGAGCAUUCAUCGAGUGAAAACUGCACAGUACGUCCUUUUGAGGAGAAACUAGGCAGAAGGUUCAUGGUGACAUGCCGAUCGCUGAACUUCAUGCUGCAGGGCUGCAUCAGUGAGAAUGAAACGGGACCUGUCACAAAUAUCGAGCCGUUCUUCGUGUCGUUAUCGUUAUUGGACAUUCGAGAGGGCAGGAAGGUUUCUGCUGACUUCCAUGUGGACCUCAACCACGACGCAGUGCGUCAGAUGCUCGGAGGAAGUGCUUCCGGAGCUCAGGAGAAUGGUGUGUGCGCUCCCGCCGAGAAGAAGUCAGUUGAAAGCCAUCCGAGCCUGGAGCUGGAACAGUGGCUGUGCUUUCCCAAACAGGCGAUAUUCUCCGUGACCAACCCCCACACGGAUAUCGUGAUGGUGGCCAGAGUAGAGAAGGUGCUGAUGGGAAAUAUUGCAUGUGGGACCGAGCCGUACAUCAAAAACACAGACUCCAGCAAGAUUGUCCAGAAGAUUUUAAAAUCCAACAAGCAGUUCUGCAGUAAACUAGGAAAGUACCGAAUGCCAUUUGCUUGGUCCGUCAGAUCACUUUUCAAGGACAGCCAGGGGGCACUCGACCGAGAGUCUCGAUUCUCGCCGCUCUUUAAACAAGAGAGCAACAAGAUCUCUACAGAAGAUCUGAUUAAACUUGUGUCAGAGUACAGGAGGGCUGAAAAGACCAGCAAGCUUCAGACCAUUCCCGGGACUCUGGACAUCACAGUGGACUAUGUGCCUCUGGAGCUUCCGAAUUGCGUGACGUCCUCUUACAUCCCCGUGAAGCCCUUUGAGGAUCUCGGCAAACAGCAACCUACAGUCGAAGUGGAGGAGUUCAUCCAGGACACAACCAAGUUCACUCAGCCAUACCACGUCUACAGGAACCACAUCUACGUUUACCCCAAGCAUCUCAAAUACGACAGCCAGAAGAGCUUCGCCAAGGCUCGUAAUCUUGCCGUCUAUGUGGAGUUCCGUAGCUCAGACGAAGAGCCCGGCAAACCUUUAAAGUGCAUUUAUGGCAAACCGGGUGGUCCGGUGUUCACCACAGCAGCCUGUUCCACUGUCUUGCAUCACUCUCAAAACCCUGACUUCUAUGAUGAGGUGAAGAUGGAGCUCCCGACCCAACUUCACGAAAAGCACCAUUUGCUUUUCUCGUUUUACCAUGUCACAUGUGACAUCAACGCUAAAACGAACGCCAAGAGAAAAGAAGCCCUGGAGACCCCCGUGGGCUACUCUUGGCUGCCUCUCCUCAAAGAAGGUCGUCUGUCAUCUCAGGAGUUCAACAUCUCGGUCUCCAGUAACCUGCCCCCUGGUUACCUGGCCAUCAAAGAGGCCAACAACACCAAGAGUGGAGCUGACGUCAAAUGGGUUGAUGGGGCGAAGGCCAUCUUCAAAGUGUCAACUAAUGUCGUGUCAACUGUGUACACUCAGGACCCCCACCUGAACCGCUUCUUCCAGCAGUGCCAGAAAAGAGAGCUGGACCUCUCGCUACCUCCUACCUCCAACUUUCUGAACUGCCUGAAGGGUCUCCUCAGCAUGGAGAGAAUACCGGUGAUCAUCAGAUUUCUGCCUGUGCUUUUCAACCAGCUCUUCAAGGUCCUGACUCAAAAUGACAAUGAUGAGGUCACUACUGCCACCACCAGAGUGCUGCUCCACAUUGUUUCCAAGUGCCAUGAGGAAAACCUUGAUCACUAUCUGCACUCGUAUAUUAAGUAUGUGUUCAAGUCAGAGGCCCACGGAUUCAGGACAGUGCACGAGGAGUUGGCUAAAGGCAUGACCUUUGACCUGCAGAGCAACGAGCAAGCAGCAGUUCGGAAUGUCUUAAAGUUUUCCUGGUUCUUCUUUGAACUCAUCGUCAAGUCCAUGGCCCAACAUUUGGUUGACGGAGACAAAUUGAAGCUCCCCAGGCCGCAGCGUUUCCCCUCAUCCUACCAGAACCGUGUGGAGACUCUGGUGGAAAAGGUGUCAGAACAUAUCUUCUGGAAGUACAAAGACCUGACAGAGGAGUCACGUAGCGCCAACUCAGCUGUGGCAGCUUUUGUCAAGCGUUGCUUCACCCUGAUGGACCGAGGUUUCACCUUCAAAUUAAUCAGCAACUACAUCAACAUGAUCACUGCAACUGACAGCAAGGUGUUGUGCGAGCUCAAGUUUGAGUUCCUGAGAGAGGUGUGCAACCACGAGCACUACAUCCCCCUCAGCCUGCCUCUGCCCUCGGCUCGCAUCACAGACCAUGCAUCCCCAGAGCCACAAAGCACUCAUGCCUCUGUGCCAGAGUACAAUCUGACCGGCGAGUUCUGCAGGAAGCACUUUCUCACGGGCCUCUUAUUACGAGAACUGGGGCUGGCCCUGCAGGACGAGCAGGACCUCAGGCACCUGGCUUUGGCCACACUCAAGACCCUCAUGGCCAAACACUCGCUGGAUGCUCGCUACGCCACCAAGGAGAAGCAGGCAAGGAUCGCCUCACUUUAUCUGCCUCUGUAUGGUCUGAUCCUGGACAACAUGCCUCGCUUCUUCCUCAGGGACCUUUUCCCCAUUUACUUGACCGCUAGUAAUCAGGGCUCUCGAGACGACCUCAGCGUCGGGGGAGGCGUGGCCGGAGGGACGCUCCCUGUUACUCGCCACGGCAACUCGGUGGAUGCCUCCUUCUCCAAAGAGGUGCUCAACUCCAUUACAGCUUUCUCGUCUUUGGCGGUUGCGACGGGCAACCAGGCCGAGUCUCGGGGCUCCCUGAUCAGCGUGGACUCCAACCCCAGCAACAGUGACAGGAACAGUGAGAAGAUGGAUGGAUGUGAGAAGUUUGCUCGGCCCCAGUCGCUCAUCGGCUACGGGUCUCGCUGUGACAAGCUGGACCAGGCGGAGACGCGCAGCCUCCUCAUGUGCUUCCUGCACAUUAUGAAAACCAUAUCUGAAGAUGUGCUGGUUUCUUACUGGCACCGGGCCAUCCACCAAGAGAUCUCGGAUUUCUUCAAAAUAUUAGAGCUCUGCCUACAGCACUUCAGGUUCAUGGGCAAACGCCACAUCGCCAGGAAGCUAGCAGCGGCGCUAAAGCUGGCCCAGUCCACCCACGCCAAUGGCACCCUGAAGGUCCCUAACCAUCCCUCCCAGCCCUCAAGCCUCCUCCCUCAAUGGAUGGCCUCCUCCGGAGGGGACGGUCACCGACAGGCACGCUCCCAAACUAUGCCCAUCAUCCGGGGCAAAAACGCCCUCACCAACCCCAAACUGCUGCAGAUGAUGGAAACCGAUGGGACUAUCCAAGAUGGGGACAAUCUGAGUCCCACUGAUGUUGAAGCUAAUUUGUCCACUGAGGUGGCGCUCACUGUGCUCGAUGUUUUGGAGCUCUUUGUGCAUCAUCACAAGAAACAACUGCUGCUUGAUGACGGACAGAACGCACUGAUGAAGAAGGUGCUGGACACCUACCUGCUCUUCUUUCAAAUCAACCAAUCAACCGCCACCCUUCGCCACAUCUUUGCUGCACUCAGGCUCUUUGUACAAAAGUUCCCCAGCGCGUUCUUCCAAGGCAAGGCGGAUCUUUGUGGCUGCCUGUGUUACGAGAUCCUCAAAUGCUGCAACCAUCGCUCCAGUUCCACCCAGACGGAGGCGGCGGCGCUGCUCUAUUUUGUCAUGAGAAAGAACUUUGAGUUUACUAAGGGAAAGUCGAUAGUGCGCUCGCAUCUUCAGGUGAUCAAGGCAGUGAGUCAGUUGAUAGCCGACGCUGGCAUUGGAGGCUCGAGAUUUCAGCAGUCGCUUGCCAUUGUUAAUAACUUUGCCAAUGGAGAUGCUCCACUCAAGAAUUCUCCCUUCCCGGCCGAGGUCAAAGACCUGACCAAGCGAGUCAGGACGGUGCUGAUGGCCACGGCGCAGAUGAAGGAGCACGAGAAGGACCCGGAGAUGCUGGUAGACCUUCAAUACAGUUUGGCCAACUCAUACGCUAGCACGCCCGAGCUACGGCGCACCUGGCUGGAGAGUAUGGCUAAGGUCCACGUCCGCAACGGCGAUCUCUCCGAGGCCGCCAUGUGCUACAUACACAUCUCUGCUCUGAUUGCCGAGUCCCUUAAGAGAAGAGGCUACUGGAGAGCAGACAAGGCCCGGAUAUCCAGCGUGUCCCCUGAAGAAAGUCCUGUCUUUAAAUGUAGCUCCUUACUAACCACCUCCCGAGACCAAGACACAUCGUUUUCUCUGGGCUGGGCGGCCUUCAUGUGCAUCAGCCCUAACGUCAAAGAGGAGGGAGCCAUGAAGGAAGACACGGGUACACAAGACACCCCCUAUACUGAGGACACCUUGGUGGAUCAGCUGGAGCUGUGUGUGGAUUACCUGUGGAAGUCGGAGAGACACGAGCUCAUAGCCGAUAUCAACAAACCUGUCAUUGUUGUUUUUGAGAAAAGGAGAGACUUCAAGAGACUGUCAGAGCUUUACUACGAUAUCCAUCGUUCUUACCUGAAGGUGACAGAGGUGGUGAACUCAGAGAAACGGCUGUUCGGACGCUACUACCGCGUAGCUUUCUAUGGACAGGGUUUCUUUGAGGAGGAGGAGAGCAAGGAGUUCAUCUACAAGGAGCCGAAGCUGACUGGGCUGUCUGAGAUCUCUCAGAGGUUGCUGAAACUCUACUCUGACAAAUUUGGUGCCGAUAAUGUCAAAAUGAUCCAGGAUUCCAAUAAGGUCAAUCCCAAAGACCUGGACCCAAAGUUUGCGUACAUUCAAGUGACGUACGUGUUGCCUUACUUCGACGAGAAGGAACAGCAGGACAAAAGGACAGACUUUGAGAGGCAUCACAACAUCAACCGCUUCGUGUUCGAGACGCCCUUCACCCUCUCCGGGAAGAAGCAUGGAGAUGUCGAGGAGCAGUGCAAGAGGCGCACCAUUUUAACGACGAGUUCCAGCUUCCCGUACCUCAAAAAGCGCAUCCAGGUUGUGGAGCAGCAGAGUACGGAGAUGAACCCCAUCGAAGUGGCCAUUGACGAGAUGUCCCGUAAAGUGUCUGAGCUCAACCAGCUGUGCAACAUGGAGGAGGUGGACAUGAUUCGACUGCAGCUCAAAUUGCAAGGGAGCGUCAGUGCCAAAGUCAAUGCAGGCCCGAUGGCGUAUGCCAGGGCCUUUUUAGAAGAGAAGAAUGCCAAAAAGUAUCCAGACAACCAGGUUAAACUACUGAAGGAGAUCUUCAGACAGUUUGCUGAAGCAUGCGGGCAGGCUUUGGAUGUGAAUGAGCGUCUGAUCAAGGAAGACCAGUUGGAGUACCAGGAGGAGAUGAGAGCUCACUACAGGGACAUGCUGAGCGAACUGUGUGCCAUCAUGAACGAGCAGUUGCAAAAACGUGUUCUUGCCUCCAGCGCCACCUCUCUCUCUAACAGUUCUCUUUCCACUCUGUCUAAGACUGAUUCCUCACUCAAGGCAGCCAGGAAUGGAGCGCCACAGCGGCUUUUGAACAGCUGACUGGAAGUUGACGCUCCCGGGAGGAAUCUUUUGCCUGUUUGUAAGUGCAGCAAGUGGUAGUAGAAGAAGAAAAAGAAGACAAGGGAAGACGAAGUGUGUAGACUGUGCUCGUGCUAGUCUGUUGUCACGUUGUUGAACGUCGAAUUAGCUGAUGCAACGGUAGGUUCUGCUUAUUUUUGGUUCUCGAGAGGCGGCCCAAACAAAAAAAUAUGACUUAAA